AGGACAUAGUGAUAAAGACGUACAGCGACAUCACGACAGUCGAGGGCGCGGACGGCAAGCCGCACUGGCACAUCACGGACUGGCGCAACAGCUACCAGGUCAAGACCGGCACGCAGUUCCAGUUUGAUAACCUCUUUAACGGCAACAAAGUUCUUGCCGUCCCCGUCCAUGACUUCGUGAACAACAACUGGAGGGAGGUAAUGCAAGAGAUUGCGGGGCCCAUCGUGCGCGCCAUAGUGGCCGCGGUCGUGGAUGAUGUCGAGGCGCUCUAUAAGGCCGUACCAGCCGAAGAACUAUUUAUUGCGUAAAUUGGCUUGUUAGACAUUGUAUUAAUUUAGAACAAAGUAUAAUAAUUAAAUCUGUUUUUGUUAUAACUGUUUUUUUUCCUUUUUAUAAAUAUUGUUGUGAUGAACGUGAAAUGAAACGUAAAUGUCUUUGCGCGUUUUUGACAGCCAAAACGUCAAUCUCAUGUGUUUUGUUUGGUUUUGGAUUUUUGAGGUUAGGAAAGAUUUGUACAACAAAAAAGCGUGUUUCUCGUUAAUAUUGUGAAGUAUUCAUUUAUGGACUUAUCGGACUUAUAAUGUUGUGUCCUGAAGUAUACAACUUUCCAUCUCCAAAAGUGUACACAUCCAGCUUGGAAAGUCAGAACUUGGAUUUAGUUACAAAAACUUUAAAAAUGAAUAGUUUCUAUGAAAGUGUUGUGAUAACUUGCCCAGACGAAGUCAAUACACCGUCAUUAAUCCAAGAAACCCUUUUAGAAGAUAGUGAUUAUUACAAAAUUUCCGGUAUCUCACUUACUGAAUUUUUAGACCAAACUUUUAUAGAAAAUUUUGUCAAAAAAGGCCACUGUUAUUGCCUCUCGUCUGAAAGAAAUUGUUUAACACAGAAUUGUGCAGCAAUUACUCCUGAUGGCAUGCUGACACUUCAUAUCCUUGAAUUUGUUUUUCAAACUCUUGGUUUAGAAGGCACUAAACGACCACACAAUUACUAUGAAGUAAAAAUAGACUUGAAAUCUGUAAGACAUGUAGAAAAACUACGAAAUGGUUUAAGUAAACUCGAGUUAUUUGAUUUUAUCGUAACUUGGGAGCCAGAUUCUGAAGAGAUUUGCCCAUCUUCAAUAGCCAAAUUCUUCCACGAUAGAGGAAUGAGAGUAUCACAGUGUCCGUUAAAAGUGACAAAAGUAAACCCAACGAUCAAAGAAAUCCCCUCUCUAAAAGAUGUUGAAGUGGAUGAAAUGGUUGAGUGGGUUGGAAUGUUGGCUCACAAUGCUGAUAUGGACCAGGAAGAAACUUACAUAAGUACUUAUGGUCCACCUGAAAGUGAAUAUGCCAUAAAGUCCACCAGAAUAUCUGUUCUCAUUGUGAAGGGGCUCCUAACACCUACUGUCUUAUUAAAUCUCUGCAAGAAUCUAUCGGAAUAUACAAAUUCAAGGGAAUUAGAUGAUUACUGGACUAGUGUAAGCAUUCAAAGCUUCCAAGAGAGCUUAUGGCAAUGGAACCCAAGCAGCCCCAGAAUGUUUCAGUCUCACGACUCUUCGUGUAACAUUUUCUUUACAAAAUCUGGACAUAAAAUAUAUUCUGUAGGACAAUUAAACUAUUCAUAGUACUUUUUAUG